AUGGCGUGCAAGUCUAAGGUGGCCCCCAGUGUGGACUUCGAUCACAGCUGCUCGGACAGUGUGGAGUAUCUCACCCUGAAUUUCGGGCCCUUCGAAAGUGUCCACCGCUGGCGGAGAUUGCUGCCCUGCGAUGAGUUUGUGGGGGCCAGACGCAGUAAACACACUGUUGUAGCUUACAAAGAUGCUAUAUAUGUCUUUGGUGGUGAUAACGGGAAGAACAUGCUAAAUGACUUGCUGAGGUUUGAUGUGAAAGACUGCUCCUGGUGCAGGGCAUUUACAACUGGAACUCCCCCAGCACCACGAUAUCAUCAUUCAGCUGUGGUAUAUGGAAGCAGCAUGUUCGUGUUUGGUGGCUACACUGGGGACAUCUACUCCAAUUCAAAUCUGAAGAACAAGAACGAUUUGUUUGAGUACAAGUUUGCAACCGGUCUCUGGACAGAAUGGAAAAUUGAAGGAAGAUUACCAGUGGCACGCUCAGCACACGGAGCUACAGUAUACAAUGAUAAACUUUGGAUUUUUGCUGGAUAUGAUGGCAAUGCCAGGCUAAAUGACAUGUGGACAAUCAGUUUGCAAGACCGGGAUUUAUCAACUUGGGAAGAGAUCGAGCAGAGUGGAGAGAUCCCACCAUCUUGCUGUAACUUCCCAGUGGCUGUCUGCAGGGAUAAAAUGUUUGUUUUUUCUGGUCAAAGUGGGGCAAAGAUCACAAACAACUUGUUCCAAUUUGAAUUUGAAGAGAAAGUCUGGAUGCGUAUCCCUACCGAGCACUUACUGCGCGGUUCCCCUCCUCCCCCACAGAGACGCUAUGGACACACAAUGGUGGCUUUUGAUCGCCACCUGUAUGUGUUUUGGGGGUGCAGCAGAUAACACUUUGCCUAAUGAAUUGCACUGCUAUGAUGUUGACUCCCAGUCCUGGGAAGUGAUCCAGCCCAGUCCAGAUAGUGAGUUGCCCAGUGGCCGCUUGUUUCAUGCUGCAGCCGUGAUUGCAGAUGCCAUGUACAUCUUUGGUGGGACUGUGGAUAAUAAUGUCAGAAGUGGAGAGAUGUAUCGCUUUCAGUUCUCUUGUUACCCCAAGUGCACUUUACAUGAGGACUAUGGAAGGCUGUUUGAGAACCAACAAUUCUGUGAUGUGGAGUUUAUUUUAGGAGAAAAAGAGGAGAAAAUGAGAGGACACACAGCUAUUGUGACUGCCCGAUGUAAAUGGCUAAGAAAAAAGAUUACCCAGGCAAGAGAGCGGCAGAGACAUGAAGACUGUCAAAGUGCACAACAAAAGCAAGAAAAUGGAAAUGGCAAUGCAAAAUUGUUCCGAUCUCUGCCCAUGCUGGAAGUUGUCAUCAGAGAUGCUGAACCAAGACCAUUUGAACUUCUCAUGCAGUUCCUGUAUACAGACAAGAUAAAGUAUCCACGGAAAGGUCACGUUGAGGAUGUUCUCAUUAUCAUGGAUGUAUAUAAAUUGGCUCUCCACUUCAAGUUGUCACGGCUGGAGCAGCUAUGUGUUCAGUAUAUUGAAGCAUCUGUUGACCUUCAGAACGUCCUUAUAGUGUGUGAAAAUGCUAACAAGCUGCAGCUGGACCAGUUGAAGGAGCACUGCCUGAACUUUGUAGUAAAGGAAUCCCACUUCAACCAGGUGAUCAUGAUGAAAGAGUUUGAGCAUUUGUCAUCGGCCUUGAUUGUGGAGAUUGUACGCAGGAAACAGCAGCCUCCCAUCCGGAUUCACUCAGAUCAGCCUGUUGAUAUAGGCACGUCCCUAGUUCAGGAUAUGAAAGCUUAUCUGGAAGGUGCAGGAAGAGAUUUUUGUGACAUCACAUUACUGCUCGAUGGACACCCAAGACCAGCACACAAAGCCAUCCUGGCUGCCCGAUCCAGCUAUUUUGAGGCCAUGUUCCGAUCUUUCAUGCCUGAGGAUGGUCAAGUAAAUAUCUCUAUUGGUGAGAUGGUGCCCAGCAAACAGGCUUUUGAGUCACUACUACGAUACAUCUAUUAUGGGGAGGUGAAUAUGCCCCCUGAAGAUUCACUCUACCUGUUCUCAGCUCCAUAUUACUAUGGAUUCUUCAGCAACAGACUGCAGGCCUAUUGCAGGCAGAACCUGGAAAUGAAUGUGACAGUUGAAAAUGUGCUUCAGAUUCUGGAGGCAGCAGACAAGACACAGGCUCUGGAUAUGAAGAAGCAUUGCCUUCACAUCAUUGUCCAUCAGUUCACGAAGGUUGCCAAGUUACCGAACCUGCGGUCACUGAGUCAACAUCUGCUCAUCAACAUCAUUGAGUCUCUGGCCAAUCACAUCUCGGACAAGCAGUGUGCUGAACUGGGCUCAGACAUUUGA